GGGGGGCGCGUGGGGAUAUAAAAGCUGGAGGGCCAAGGGAGUCUGACCUCAAACACAUGCACGGAUAUACGUCUCCUCAGAGAAACACCGAAUUCAACUACGAACAAUUGGCCUAAUCCACAACCCACAGAGAAACGCGGACCCACCCACCUCCUAUCCCACGCGCUUGUCUUCUCCGUGAUAAACACACGCUCUCUAAGGUGCCCUUUUGGGCAAAUGAGAAAAAGCCUAUAGGGGUGGUGAUGGUGGUUAAUUCGGAUGUUUUAUCACUCGGUACUCAGUUGCGUGCUCUCGCUCUCUCUCUCUCUCUCUCUCUGACUCUGAUGAAAAUAUAUCGUGUCGCGUUUAUGUCGUUGUGCUUCUUCUGCGUGCAUUUCGAGUAAAGAAUCGAUACUGAUCCGUCUCAGAGAUAACACUCACAGAAUCUGUGUCUUGGAAUUUCAAUGCUUGGGUUUGGAUCGUUGAGGUGGUUGAAGAAAGCAAAGCAGAGCAAAAACAGAACCGGAGUGAAUUUUUUGCUUAAUUCACUGUUCCAACGCGCUGUCGAACUCGAAGCUAAUGAAUUUUGAGGCAAUUCUGGCAUCUGGGUUAGUCUUAGUUCAUUGUCUCCAGUGAUGGGCUGUGUCUACUCCAGGGUUUGUAUAGGAGAGGUUUGUAGUCCAAGAGAUGCGAGAAUAAAAGAUGCCCAGAAUGUGAGUAGGAACAAUGAGAUCCCAGUUUUCUCUCCGGCGUCUUCUAACGGUGAAAAUGGUGAAAAUAGAGGCCAACUGAAUCAGCUCAACUCAACCAGAGACUCUGAGGUAGGCAUCACAAGGCUUUCUAGGGUUUCAUCGCAGUUUCUACCACCAGAUGGAUCGAGAACCAUUAAAGUUCCGUCAGGGAACUAUGAAUUACGGUACUCGUAUUUGUCACAGAGAGGGUACUAUCCAGACGCUCUUGAUAAGGCUAACCAAGAUAGCUUUUGCAUCCACACCCCUUUCGGGACCAAACCAGAUGAUCAUUUUUUUGGUGUUUUUGAUGGGCACGGUGAAUUUGGAGCUCAGUGCUCGCAGUUUGUGAAGAGGAAAUUGUGUGAGAAUUUGCUUAGAAAUGGUAGGUUCCAGUUGGACGCCGUUGAGGCAUGCCAUGCCGCUUUCCUGGCAACGAAUUCUCAGUUGCAUGCAGAUACUUUGGAUGAUAGCAUGAGUGGGACUACUGCAAUUACUGUAUUGGUCCGGGGUCGGACUAUAUAUGUUGCGAAUUCAGGUGAUUCGAGGGCGGUUAUAGCAGAGAGGAGAGGGAAAGAUAUCAUGGCCGUUGACCUUUCAAUUGAUCAAACUCCAUUUCGGGCGGAUGAGCUCGAAAGGGUUAAGCUCUGUGGUGCAAGGGUACUUACAUUGGAUCAGAUUGAAGGACUGAAGAAUCCGGAUGUGCAGUGUUGGGGUACUGAGGAAGGUGAUGAUGGUGAUCCACCCAGGCUGUGGGUACCAAAUGGGAUGUAUCCUGGUACUGCUUUUACAAGAAGUAUUGGUGAUUCAAUUGCUGAGUCAAUUGGGGUUGUUGCCACACCUGAAAUUGUAGUUUUGGAGCUCACACCAAAUAAUCCUUUCUUUGUGAUUGCCAGUGAUGGAGUAUUUGAGUUUCUUUCUAGCCAAACCGUCGUUGACAUGGUUGCAAAAUUCAAGGAUCCUCGUGAUGCUUGUGCUGCUAUUGUAGCUGAAUCGUAUCGACUUUGGCUACAGUAUGAAACACGUACUGAUGAUAUUACAGUAAUUGUAGUGCAUGUUGAUGGUCUAACUCAUACUGCUGCUGGUGAAUCGGCGAGCCCUGCUGCUGUCUUACGUCCUCCUGUUCCCCAGGUUGUAGAGGUUACAGGAUCAGAAUCUCCAUCAACUGUUAACUGGAAUUCUAGGAACCAUCGGGUAAGGCAUGAUUUAUCAAAGGCACGUCUCAGAGCAAUUGAAAGUUCUCUAGAGAACGGGCAAAUCUGGGUUCCUCCAUCUCCAGCCCACAGGAAGACAUGGGAAGAAGAAGCACACAUUGAGCGAGCAUUGCAUGAUCAUUUUCUCUUCAGAAAACUUACUGAUUCUCAGUGUCAUGUUUUAUUGGAUUGCAUGCAAAGAGUUGAGGUCCAGCCUGGGGAUGUUGUAGUUAAACAGGGUGGUGAAGGUGACUGCUUUUAUGUUGUUGGAAGUGGAGAAUUUGAGGUCUUUGCAACUCAGGAAGAAAAGAAUGGAGAAGUUCCUAGGGUCCUGCAGUGCUACACAGCUGAAAAGCUAUCUUCCUUUGGAGAACUGGCAUUAAUGUAUAACAAACCAUUACAGGCCUCUGUCCGUGCUGUGACAAGUGGAACACUCUGGGCCUUGAGAAGAGAAGAUUUUCGUGGAAUUCUCAUGUCUGAAUUUUCCAAUUUGUCAUCUCUGAAGUUGCUUCGAUCAGUGGAUCUGCUAUCAAGGUUGACAAUCUUACAACUGAGUCACAUUGCAGAAUCUCUAUCUGAAAUUUCAUUUUCAGAUGGGCAGACAAUAGCCAACAGGAAUGAGGGCCUUCUUUCAUUGUAUAUUAUCCAGAAGGGACAAGUGAGGAUUACUUUUGAUGCAGAGUUGAUAAGUAAUCCAAAUGUCUGCAGUCUCAAGUCUGACAAUCAAAAAGAAGGGGAAAAUCUGCAGAGCGGUCAGGAGCUCUCUGUGGAGAAAAAAGAGGGAAGCUAUUUUGGUGAAUGGGCACUUCUUGGUGAACAUAUUGAUUCCUUAAGUGUAGUUGCUGUGGGUGAUGUCGUUUGUGCUGUUUUGACAAAGGAAAAGUUUGAUUCAGUUGUUGGCCCUUUUACCAAGCUUUCUCAGGAUGAUCAAAAGUCAAGGGACUACUCUUCUGAUUUUUCCAAGGAAAAAGCUAAAAACAUGGAUAUUUCCACUCUUAUCAAAGUUCAGCUCUCUGAUUUGGAGUGGAAACAUUGUUUGUAUUAUACUGACUGCUGUGAGGUUGGACUUGUACUUGUAAGAGACUCAGAAAAUUUGCUGAGUUUGAAAAGGUUUUCAAAGCAGAAGGUCAAAAGGUUGGGAAAGGAGUCACAGGUCUUAAAAGAGAAGAAUCUUAUGAAGAGUAUCAGCCAUUCAGCACAUGUGCCACAGAUUCUUUGCACCUGUAUGGAUCGGACAUAUGCUGGCAUAUUGCUUAAUGCAUGCAUUGUGUGUCCAUUAUCCACAAUACUUUAUGCUCCACUGGAUGAAUCAUCUGUGCGGUUUUGUGUGGCCUCUGUUGUUACAGUCUUGGAAGAUUUACACAAGAAUGGUAUUCUCUACAGAGGCAUAUCUCAUGAUGUUUUAAUGUUGGACCAAACAGGACAUAUACAGCUAGUAGACUUUAGAUUUGGGAAGAAUUUAUCUGGUGAGAGGACGUUUACAAUUUGUGGAAUGGCAGACUAUUUAGCUCCAGAGAUUGUACAGGGAAAAGGCCAUGGGCUUGCAGCUGAUUGGUGGGCAUUGGGAGUUUUGGUCUAUUUCAUGCUACGAGGUGAAAUGCCAUUUGGUUCAUGGAGAGAGAGUGAGCUUGACACAUUUGCAAAGAUAGCAAAGGGACAACUAAACCUUCCACAAACAUUCAGUCCUGAAGUUGUUGAUCUCAUCACUAAGUUACUCGAUGUUGACGAACGCACCAGACUAGGAAACCAGGGCUCUGAUUCUGUCAAAAGUCACCCUUGGUUUGACGGUGUUGAUUGGAAAGGGAUCAGAGAUUGUAGUUCUCCUGUUCCUCAUGAGAUCACCUCUCGUAUUACUCAACAUUUGGACAGCCGCACUGAGGACUCUAUUUUGUCUCGAGUUUCUGUGUUUCAAGACAUAGAAGAGCCUGAAAUUCCUGAAUGGCUUGAUGACUGGUAGAUGAAUUACAGAUAUGGAGUUUCACUUUCAUAGACACUCUUAAGUGGGUGGGGUAAUUACUCUGCUAUGAGAUUGACUCCUGGCCGCCUUUUCUGAACUAUGAGAACCUAAAGAAAGGUGUACAAGAUUAUGGAGAAAAUGCAAAGAAGCUGUGGCCCUGAUAUUGCUUUUGGUCCCACUAUAUUCUUAUAUGGUUACAUAAUAACAUUAGAAGAAUAUCUCUUCUGGGGUCAUUGGCCGCUGCUAAUUAGUUGGUUUAUCUUAGCUGAAUAUUUAUAUGGGGAAGUCAGUUAUUAGAUUGAUUUAUUUCUUUAUUUUUUGUGAAUCUUUUAGGUUUGUAAAUACAUAAUUAUGUAUAAAUGUGUAUGAGGGCUCAUUAUUCGUAAGACGAAAUUUUGCUUUCCACGCAACUUGUUUGUAAAAGCAGCUGGUAUUAAAUAUGAUUGACUCAGCCAAGUGGCUUCUUUAUCA